AUGCCCUAUUUCCUUGAAAGGCUUCGGUGUUCAAGUGCUACCACGUUUCAAAGGCAGGAUGGCAUGCCGUGGGGCUAUUCCUGGAGAUCAUCCGAUACUUGGAUUAUCAGUACGAUGAGUCUGGCACUUUUCACCGAUGAACUGCUCUUCGCCUUCAUGCUACCUUUGCUCCCUACGGUGCUAGAGCGUCGAAUCGGCUUGGAACCAUCUCUCACCCAGAGGUACACGUCUAUCUUCCUGACCGAAGGCGCCUUUGUGUCUGUGGUUUCAAGUCCAUUUAUCGGGUCAAUAGCCGACGCAGUCUCUAGUAAAAAGACACUGUUAUUGACAAUCCUUGUACUGGCCCUGAUCAGUAUCGCUUGUCUAUCACUGACAACCAACUUGGUGUGGCUAUUUGUUGGUCGCUUUUUUCAGUGCAUUGCUAGCAAUGCCUUGUGGAUUGUAGGCAUGGCAACGAUGACCGAAAACAUUGGCUCAGAGCACAUGGGCAAGAUUGCUGGCCUGAGCUCCACACUCACAGCGGCGGGAACCACUGCCGGGCCUGUUGUCGCAGGACUAUUGUUUGAAGUGGGAGGCUAUUGGUGCGCGUGGGCAGGCGCGGCCAGCUUUCUCUUCGUGGACAUUAUCAUGCGUCUCAUAAUGAUGGAAAAGCCUGUCAAACCCCAGCGCAUGGCUGGAGACCAGGAGCGAGAGCCUCUCUUGAAUGAUGAUCUGCCCGCUACCAACGGCGAACAGCCUAAUCGCUCAGCUUCUUCAGAGGUGCGAGGAUGGUACUUUUACGUUUGUCUGUUUCGCGAAAUGCGUUUUUCUGCAGGAAUUUUCUGCUAUUUUGUGUUUGCUUUGCUAAUUGGCUCUUUCGAAAGUACCCUGGCGGUACACGUACGGUCGGCAUUUGGUUGGAGAGCUCUCCAUGUCGGAUUGUUAUUAGGAUUGAUUCAGGGACCCGGCAUGUUAUUGGCUGCCCCAGUAGGAUGGAUGAAAGACAAGGUGGGAUCGCGGACUCCGACAAUGGUGGGGUUUUUUAGUCUGGUACCGUUUAUCAUUCUUUUGGGAGUCCCUGGCGACAGUCGAUUCCGGUGGGAAGGAGGGGUUUCGGAAAAGAGCCUCUACGUUGUUUGCAUGGCAAUGAUCGGGUGCCUGAUGUGCCUAUUGAACGGGGUGGGAUCCAUGGAGGCGACUGAAACAAUUGACGCUCUUGAAGCCCUCGAGCCUGGUAAAUUUGGUUCCAAUGGAGGCUAUUCUCGCGCCAUUGCCAUGACUAGUAUGACUUGGAUGGCUGGUCUGAUGACCGGUCCUCUUUUGGCGGAGUUUGUGGUGGAAACCUUUGGAUACUUCGAACUGCAAUGUUGUCUAGGUAAGUUAUCUGCAAAUUCGAAUGAU